AUGACUGGAUACUACUGGCUGGAUGGGCAGGAGCACUCACUGUGCCCUGCACAUCAUACCUACCUGGCAACACCUCUCAGGACCUCUGAAGUCACAGUCAUCAUCAGUGACAUAGGCUGUGUUGCCAACACACUGCGAGGAUGGGUUGAGGUGAACAACCUCACUCAUUGGCUCACAAUCGCCGACUGGCUGGUUGAGCGACACCUCCACCUCACCACCCUUCACGAGUGCUAUGCUUGCGAAGACGGCCUUACCACCAUCAAGCACACUCACCACUGCCUCGAUGCCCUUGCAGAACGCUGGGGAGCCGACGUCGCCCAUGCAAUGUUCGACAUGGCACGGACGUGUCACCAUGUGACACGUGACCACAUCAAAUGCGACACCUCUACUCCUACCAUGCUCGGGUGGGGCAGCAACUGUGCACCAUCGUACACAGGUGCUGCUGCCUCGGGGGUGUCCUGGGCGCGAUGCCGUGGCACUGCAUCGUGGUCUGCUGAUGCCAUCGAGGUUGGCUGCUCGAUGGCGCAGGAGAGUGGUGGCAGUCCGUCGUAG